AUGGUGAACACAUGCAGCAAUGGUGAUGGUCAACACACAUGCAGAAAUGAUGAUGGUCUACCGACCUACACCAAUGAUGAUGGUCAAACACAUACAACAAUGAUGGUGGUCUCCUGGCAUGCAGCAAUGCUGAUGGUCAACACACAUGCAGCACUGAUGAUGGUCAACAAACAUGCAGCAAUGAUAAUUGUCAACACACAUGCAGCAAUGAUGAUGGUCAACACACAUGCAGCACUGAUGAUGGUCAACACACAUGCAGCACUGAUGAUGGUCAACACACAUGCAGCAAUGAUGAUGGUCAACACACAUGCAGCAAUGAUGAUGGUCAACACACAUGCAGCAAUGAUGAUGGUCAACACACAUGCAGCAAUGAUGAUGGUCAACACACAUUCAGCAAUGAUGAUGUCAACACACAUGCGGCAAUGA